ACGCCCUCUGUAAGAGUUCAUUUGGUCUCGAUUCCAGUGUGUGGAGUGUGGAGAGGAAUUUAGCGAUAAACUAAACGCUUAUAAUAUUAAAUAAAUAUUUAUCUAAAAAUGUGUCAAUUAUCAAAGAAUGAUUAUUAAUUAUAAGCUAAAUAAUUAUCUGGAUAAAAAACAAGUGAACUUUCGUACAUAGUGUGUAAUUGAGGUUUUUUUAACUGGAAGUGUGCUAGGGCGGCGUGAAAACGCAGGUGAAUAAUUAUGGAAGAGUAGAUCCAACUCAUGGCUAAAAGUACUGGCAUUGAAAAGAGGCAAGGAAGUUUGAAUAAGCGAGUGUGGUCAUGUUCGCAUCAGCAGCUGCUAAAACAUCAACAAUCAACUCAUAAUUAUUAUCUAUCUGGCGCUCAUACUGGUGGAAACGUGAUACAACCGAGUCUACUUUUCAAAAGGAAAAAAUAUAUCGAGUACAGAGAUACUUGUGCUAAAGCUAUUUCUGUUUUGCAAAAAAAUAUUUUUAGAAUUCUUGAAGAGUGUUUGCAUACUGAUCUUUACAUAAUACACCAGGCCACUGCUCUAGAGAUUAACAGUUGUAUCUUCAGUGCAAGAGCUCCAAAUUUGUACAAUCAUCUGAGAGAUAAAUAUUUUAAAAAUGAUAGUGCUCCUUUUGAAUGCAACCUUGAUUCUUCAGAAAUUUUUCAUCAAAUCAAUGGCUUUGUGAGACUUUUAUACUGCAACUUGGAUAUAACAGAACAGGAGCAGCGUUUAGUAGAGUAUAUUUUAUACAUUGAAGAUAGAGUACUACCGUUAAAUGGAUCAAUAGAGUUAGAAAGAAGUUGUUUGGAAACAAGCUGUGAUGUGGUUGAUUUAACUGUAAGUAGAUCAGAAAUGGCUGAUUCCGGGCUGGAAACCGGAUCGUUCAGCCCCCAUGAGAACACAGAGUCCGAAAACUCGUGUACGGACUUUGAAGAGUCACAUGUUACUGAUUACGUCUCGACAGACGAGGACUUGAUUAGAGUGUCGUACAGUGGGGAUGGAGAAAAAUCAUUGUCGGGUAAAAAUACUAACGCGAGUCACAGCCAUCUUACCGGUUGGUGCAGUAGUAGUAGUGACCGAGACCCCAUAAACAACCAGAGAACUAUUUUGAGCGACGUCUGUGCAUGUGGCGCCAAUAAACCAUCAGCUCACCAGCAACUCCCGCCAGUAGCUACUGCUAAUUCUUAUCAAAAAAAAUCCCCAAGUCCCGACACUCCCGACACUCCCGACACUCCCGACCCAGUAGAAGUUCAAGUGCCGGCUAAGCAAUAUCAAGUUGACGAAGUCGCUCAAUAUGAAAACGAAGUUUUGAACGAUCCAUUUUACGAAUCCGAUAAUGAGCAAAGUGAUUCUUUUGUCGUUACCGGGUCAUUUGAAUUUAUCGAGCCCGCAAAUCUUUCACCAACCGGAAACGCUAUCAGACAAGAAUUUUUAAAUGAAUCUCCGGAAGAAAAAUCAAAGUCUCGUAGUAUGAUCGUAGAACCGUCAAAUCACACUUGUUCUUCUUCAUCGUUAUUUUUACACGCGACAGAUGAUUUUAAUUUUAAAAAAAAUUCUACAAGUGAAAAUAGUUAUUACUUUAUCGACGCGUCUAGUCUUAAUGAUGAUAAUGAAAUAGCGAGUAAUUUAACUAAAGCAGCCUCAGAAGCUUCUUCAGUUCCUGCUUCUGGAAUUAGCUUACCCACGUAUUUAAAAGACACUGUCUAUAUUCCUUCAAAGUCACACGAGCACGGAUACGGCUUGGAGCUCACUAGAGGCGAUAAUAAUUAUAAUAACAACAACAGAAAAUCUUUCGCCGGAGGACAAGAAACAACUGCUGAGUUUCAGUGUGAAUUAAAGCUCACAGAGUAUCUUAACAACGAUUCUCCGUCGCAGAGUCAUAGAAUAAGAGCCGCGGAGUUUGAAAAGUCGAGUAUUAUUAAACCCGUGGAAAAAGAGUCGCUGGUUGUUGAGAUUAAAGAAGCCGACAGCGGGGAGAGCAAUCAUCCUUCUCCGUGUAUUGAUAAUAAUAAAAAAGCCCAGUGCAAUAGUACUGUCAACGUUAGCGAAGUUCCUGGAGAUAAUGAUGAAAAAGAGGACAUUAUUGUGAUCAAUGAUAAUAUUUCUGAUAACAAUUCCUCGUGUGAUUCUCAACCAUUGUCCCUAGUACGAGGAAAUACAUUCGAACUCGAGUCAGGGGAUGAAAAAUUGUCACACUUAAGGCAAGAGUACGAACGUCGCCAGGGAAAUUUAGUGUUUAAAAGUUCUAUUCCUCAAUAUUCAGGACACAGAGUGGAUGACGAUCUAGCUUCGCUCAAUGGAACGCCUUACUCAUCUUUGUCUUCGUACUUUUCCGAACCGGGUCGUGAAAAGAACAUUGAUAAUGCGGCAAAGAUUCGGCAGAAUAAUAAUUACUCAUUUGCAGAAAAUUCGAGGUCUUUUAACAGUGUUAAUAUUAAUAAUAACGACUGCGUAGAUUGUCAGUUUGAUGGAACAAGCAAUGGACUACAUCCACUGGCUAAGAGUGCGAGUGAUAAAUUUAUAAGCGCUGGUUCUGAGACAGACGAUAGUUCGAUAAACGAUUGCAAUAGCUUGCCGACUACUUUUGAUCAUUUCGCGUCGAGUAGUCAAUCUAGUACCAUGAGGAGGACUAAGCGUGAUGAAAUGACCCCCAUUGUCUCGGGUGGAGUCAGCAGCGCUGAUUAUUCUAGACCUACUGAUAGUCCGUCGGUGAGGAGGAAGACGGAAUCCACGCCGAUUGUUUCUGGCGGUUCUGUUCUUUCUAAUUUUCCUAAUGAGCGAGUACGGACGGGUCGCAUGUCUUCGUCGAUGACGAAGACUUCAUGGGUUGUUGACAUGAGUAACUGCGGGAGGAAUAAUGUUAAUAAUAAUAGUCCUAAUGGUAAUAAUAAUUGUAAUAAUAAUAAUAAUUAUGAUGGUACAAAGUCAACGAAUGGGUCAUCACCAAGCAGCAUGUCUCAAAGUUACUCAUACUCGGAAAGUCCUAAAAGUUUUACGAGAAGUAAAGAUAAACAGAGCAGCAGCGCGGGUUUUUUUGUUAAUCUAAAAGAUAUUAAUUGUGGAAAAGAUAAACCAGGCGUUGAUAUAACCCUCCCAGAGACAUCUAAAGACACUGGUGCAAGUACAACUAAAUCUUGUGAAUUUUUUAUCGACUUGUCGAACGAGUCUGAUAAAACACCCAAGAAUAGCUGUAAAAAAGAUUUAUCUCCUAAAAGCAAAGCUGUUGUUGAUAAUGUUGAGAAAAAAAAUAUAUUUUCAAUGUUUAUUGACUUGAGCGAGCCCAACUCAAAUUCGGGUUUUAAAAAAAAUGAAGAUUCGGUUACUAGCAAAGAUAAAAAAUCAUAUAAAUUGCUAAAUCGCAUGACUGACAGCGCCAAGAGCUCAAGCAACGAGUCCCCGAGUGAAUCUUCACGAUCUAAAGAUAAAAAAAGUGUGUUUAUGUUUAUCGAGUCGGAUUCUCCGGUUGUGAGGCGACGUACACUGUCAACAUCAAGGUCUGCCUUGCAAAGGCACUCGUGGAAUGUCGCUGAUAAAUCACAGAGCCCGGGCAACGGUAUUGUCGCCAAAGGAACUACAGGCGAAGCUACAGGUUUUUACCGGCAGCACAAACGGGCACACAGCGUUUCUAUCGAACCGCUGCCGGGCGUCGAUAAAUUGUUGCAAGCAAACCCGAGUGUCUCCAGUGGCUCCAGUGUCUCGCUUAAUCAAUUGGAACGUGGCUCCUCACUUCCAGCUAAGCCGACGUCUCUUGACAAAGCUAGUGUCAGUGUCACGACUUCCUUUGAGGGCUACGACAACGGGAUCCGCGACACUCCGCCCAAUUCUCACGUGGAGAUCAUCAAUGAUUCGUUAAGAGGAUGCGUGAGGCGGCAAGAGUACAAAGAUCUGAUGCGCAGCAGCAUGUGUUCAAGCGCGGGUGCUUCGGUGGACCCGAAGAUCUUUGACGACGACCAGUCGGAGGUGUCCCAGUCUCAGUCUGUCUGGGACAAAACCGGGACUGAGAGCACCACUGGGACUGAAGGACACACCAGGAAGAGCGAGACCUUUGACAUCAGCAGUGGCAGCGCCAGUGGACCCUCUCCCGGGAGUGAAAAUCACGAGUUUGAACUGGGAGAGUUUAGGACCGGGUCUGCUGGCUUGAAUGAUAGGAGGCAGGCUGAAGUGCCUAGUAAAAUAGCGGAGACUCACAAGUCUUUGACGGAAACUAUUAAGAAGAUCGAGUGCGAGUUUAACAAGCCGGAGUACUGCGAGCCGGUUAAAAAGUCUGAUAAAGAAGCUGGAUCAGGAUUCGUUCGUUUGUCAGAUUUAGACAAAGUUCCUCCUAAAGCUUCUGAAGCUUCUGACGUAGAAGCGCGCAAUAUAGAUAUCAAUAUGCCUUACAGAAUGUGCAGCAGCAUUCCGGAGAUGUCUUGGGUAGAGAGCAAGCUAGCUAUUAACCGGACCAACGGGCCAUGCCAAGUCCGUACUUUGUCUUCGAGGAAAUUCACGUCAAUAAUGAGCACCUCGCUGCCUGCUAAGCACAAAUCACCGAUAGAGGAGUUUGCUAAUGAGUAUGAGGUCGAGGGAAUUGUUUCAGAGUCGGAUUUAAGCAGCAUGCAAAGCAGCAUGGGCCGCUCUGGAGCAGACGUUAGCACUGAGGAGACGGAAACUUCUAGCUUUGCGAAUACUAAACCCUAUAAUAGACUCGGGGAAGAUCUUCUGAGGAUGUUCUUGGAAGAAAUAAAUCCAGAUGUGACAAUAGACGUCAGCGGGAGACGGAUAAGAGCGCACAAGUGUAUUUUAAGUUCUAGGUGCCAGUACUUCGCUGCUAUUCUCAGCGGUGGUUGGAUUGAAAGCGCGGGUAAUGUUAUAUCACUGCAAGGGUACUCUUACAGCUCCGUUCACUUUGCGUUGUGUCAUAUUUAUAGUGGGGAGAGCAACAUACCGGACUCGAUAAGUAUUGUAGAGCUUGCCACGCUUGCGGAUAUGCUUUGUUUGGAAGGUCUUAAGGAAGUUAUUGGUUAUACUAUCAAAGUUAAGUACUGUCAUUUAUUCCACAAGCCUUGUCAAAUUUGCGCCGUGGGAGUUUUGGAGUGUCUGCCCCUUGCGGCAGCCUACGGGCUGGAUGAAGUGUAUAGAAAGUCUCUCAGGUGGAUCACUAGGCACUUUGUUCGUAUCUGGCCUUGUAAAGCCUUCGCGGCUCUGCCUAGAGAACUUAUUGAUAAGUGUUAUCAUCAGCACAUUGUUCAUAUGUCGGCGGAUAAUAUUUUACAGACUAUUAUGGACUGCGAUAAGCUCCUGGCGACUUUGCCGAAUGUCAGGUGGGCGGAACCGGUCUUUAGGAUGGUUUCUAAUCUUUUGGAGACGGCGCUUAAAUUUUUGUCGGAAAAUUUUGCAAGUGUGCUGAGCAAUGAGAGCUUCCAGGCUCUGGGGCGGGAUCUUACUUGGAAUAUCAGUCGGUUGGAAGACAGUGUUCUUACUGCUGCUGAUAGGUUACCUCCGGAUCAAGCUUGCAAGAGUUAUGCUAAGCUCGCGAAAAUGAUGGCGGCUGUUAAGACUGAUGAGGCGAUUACUAAACCGCCGUGGGGAGCGCUGUUUGUUGACUUUUUGGGAAAAAUUCAAGGAAGAGUGGAAAAGUGUUUGGUCAAGGAAGCUUCAAGGGCAUCCAGAACUACUACUUGGAUGAAAAUGGACCUUGAAUUGAGACGCAGAAUCCAGGAGCUUGCUUGUCUUGUUAUUUUGCCGCAUGAGUCACUCAAACGACCUUCCAGACACUCCAAUUUUCUUAAGGAUUCUAAGACUCCACCGAGCAGAACAUCUGCUAGCAGAAGUUUGGACCUGAGGCGAGUUAAAAUGACGAUGACUGAAGCUAAUAAAACAGCGGCCAAGCCGACAGUUGUUGCACAAACGAGAAAGAUAUUGCCGAAGCCUAAGAGCGAUCCUUUGGAACGUAAAAUGCAGGACAGCAAAUUGCUGGCUGCUGAAUCUACCAUUCGACCUAAAUCUUGGCCGAAUAAAUUGGAGGUGAAAUCGAGGUACUUGGAACCAAGAAACAAAUCCGUUUCAAAAGACACUGCUCAACAGUUACCAGAACGUGUAACUGUUCAGCAAAGACGUAAAAUAAUGAUCUCAUCAUCGGAUUCCUCACGAACAUCAAGUCCAGCGAUGAAACGCGCUGUAGAGAAAAAACCAAUCACCAAAUUAAAAGCAGCUGUUAAAAAAGACAUGAGAGCUGUUUCAUCCGACAGUUUGACAGACACAAGCGCUAAGCCGUCAGCGAAGCGUGACAACACCAGUAAAAGUUGUGGGAUUACCAGACCCGAAUCUCCGUCACUUGAACCUAAAGACGCUGAGAUCGGGCUUUCCGCUGAUUCGUUAGCAGACUCUAAAAAAAAGCCACUGACUGUCAAGAAAAUCGAAAAAAUGGACACUUCGAUGUCUGCGGACAGUUUGAUGACCGAAGUUACCGCAACUCCCAAGUCCGUAGUGUCCAACAAAGUUUCUCCUACCCUCGGAAGACCCACUGCUAAAAGCCUGGCCAUGGAGCGCGCUAAAAAGUCAUCACCACCCGUUCAACACAAGAGCCCGCUCGGAGUCACCAGAAGACCCGUCAGAUCCGUCGAAAGCUCAACAGCCGCAAGCCGGAAUCGCGUUGCUGCUAUCAAUGCUUACCACGGGUCUCCUAAUUUACGCAGAAACCUCCUGGAUGCUGCUAAGACUCCUGAAGUCUUGGUUCCCAGUAAAUUAGUCAACGGAACUGCGUCGAAAGUUAAUACUCGGCAGAGUCUGCCUUCCACGAGCACUCCUCCAGCUUCUAAGCGGGAGAAAAAAGACUCGAAUCCUUCCAGCAGCGACAGUCCCAGCAAAAGAUCUCCUAAAUCAAAUAGUAGUGGUGGUGGUAUUGGUAAUAGAGUUACUCGUAAUUCACAGGCUGCUAAAACAACUAAAACAGAUGUCAAAGGCACUGAGGAAAAAAAUAAAUUAAAGUGCCAUAAUGUUGAUGCUUUAAAACAACUCACUGUUGGAUCUAGAUCCGGUACAUUUUUAAAAGACGAACCUACAAUACUCAAAAAGUCAGACAUGAAAACAACACAAGUAACAUCUUAAUCUUAAUUAAUAAAAUUUAUUUAUCUUUUUCCACUAAUUGCUUAACAUCUUAAGAGGGUCCUCUGGUCUGACAUGACGUCCUGAUUUUUGAGCAUUUUUUGGGAUUUUUUUGUAAAGACCAAUGAAGAGAUAGAACUUUGACCUUUUUACCAUUUAUUUAUACAUAUUUCAAGAGUAUAAGUUAAAUUUUUAGCUUAAAACAUUCAGUAGAGUUAAAGUUAUAGGGUGACACGACAAAAUCUCCCCGGAAAAAAAUCUCCUCUCUAAAAACUAAUUUUAAAUUAUAAUAUUGUUAUCCCUGACAGUUGUGAUGGUCUAUUUCGUAUAAAUAUACACAAAAACUAUGAUAAAAGGGCACAAAGAGAUUUUGAAGCGUAUUUUGUCGGGGAGAUUUUGUCAUGGAACCAUCUGAAAAAAAAACCCGGCGAAGUUUUGUUCCGUAUACUUAAAUACGGGGAGUGUACUAAAAUAAAAAAAAAAAUUUUCAAAAUUUUUUUUUUUUUGAUCAAAAAGUUGAAAAAAAAAAUGAAAUUCGGACUUUUUUGUUCCGAAGUCUGUCAAAAAUCCAGUUUUCAAAUUUUUUUUUGAACUGUCUACUCUUAAAAUAUGUAUAAAUAAAUGGUAAAAAAUUCAAAGUUCUAUCUCUUCAUUGGUCUUAACAAAAAAAUUCCAAAAAAAUGCUCAAAAAUCAGAGCGUUAGACCAGAGGACCUCUUUAAAAGCGUAGAAAAAUAAUUGAGUGAGAUCUGCAUGACUAUAUUAAUUAAGAUUUUAUUCAUUUAAAUUUAAUUAUUAAUUAAAAUAAAAAAUAUAUAAAUCGCGAUAUUAUUCGUGUAAAGUGAUAUUAAUUCCAUCAGAGGAAUAAAUAAUAUUUAAACAAAGUAUAAUUGUUCUGUAAAUCGUAUAUUGAGUACUGGGUACGGAUAAGAGUGAUUUGCAGUCUAUUUAAACUUAUAAGAAGAAUAUGAAUAGAAGCAUUUAUUGUAUGUAUUGUAUUGUAUUAUGAAAAAAGUGUGCUAUGAAUUUGUUUAUAAAUUAUAAUUAUAAUUAUUCACUUAAGCUGCGUAGAAUUUUGCAAGAACAAAUAAUCUAAUUAAUUAAAUUUAAAAUUAGUCACCCGAUUUUUUAAAUUUAUUAGUUUGAAUAAUUAUAAUAAUAUAUUCGUGCUCUGUAGUUAUAUUUAUUCUUGAACUUUCACGCUUUUUUUUA